GCACAAAUUUGCCAACCACAUUAUUAGACGCACUCGACUGACGACUGACUGACGGCCUACUCGUUGGUUGCUCAUCGUUCACCAAGGUCUUCGAGAUCCUCCAAGUAUUUAAACGUACUGCGCCUUUUCGCAGGGACACACAAAGAGCUCCGUCUUUGGAGAUGAAAGUUUAUCAUUAGCGGUACCCGGUACCACGCAACUUGCGAUAUUUUAUCUGUAUAUAUUACUCUUUUACCGAACAAUAGUUCGCCAUGUCGUGCGCCAAGGUGUUGAUCGUUGGGUUCGUCUGCAGUCUCCUCGGCAUCGCUUCCGGCGAGAUUUACGACAGGACUCUUUACAUCAGGAGUCUUCCCGGAUUUCCUGGCUACAGGAGCGACCUUUACGAGGUCUACAUGGAGCCCUACCUUUUCUCAAUGGGACUGAAAGCAGUCGUCCAAAUUCGGGCGCUCGGGGACGAUGGUUCGCCUGUCGAUGGACCCCGUGGAGAACUGACGCUUCAACAAUUAUUUGAGGGACUCAGGAUAAACGGGACAAUAGAAGGACUCAGCCCCGGACUCCACGGCUUCCACGUUCACGAAAAGGGCGAUUUGAGAGAAGGAUGCAAAUCUGCAGCAGGUCACUACAAUCCUUACACGAUGCGUCACGGAGCCCCAAACGACCUUCUGCGGCAUGUAGGUGAUUUGGGAAACAUCGAGGCGGGGGAAGAUGGAAUCGCGAAAGUGGAUAAAAUGGACCAUUAUCUAACGUUGACUGGAGUUCGUGGUGCGAUAGGCAGAACGCUUGUUGUCCAUGAAAAAGCUGACGAUUUUGGACGGGGACAAAGUGACGAUAGUCUGACAACAGGUGCUGCUGGGAAUCGUGUCGCCUGCGGAAUAGUUGGAUUCCUGUAAAUUCCCAGUCCCAUAAAAGUGUGCGAAACACAAUUUAUAUAUUAUCCUACGUUACAGGCACAAUUCGCCAAUUUUCCUGGCACGCAGUUUUCUCAGCAAUAAACAUGCGUUGAACU